AUGAGGCUCAAGAUUCGUAAUAAACGUAAACGUAUAGAGCGCAAAGAGCAGCGGCCGCCGCUGGUGCUACGUGUACAGAUAGUGGAAACACAGGGCAUUGAUGAGUUUGCCAAGUUUGUUUGUAAUCCUGUUUGUCUAGUGACCACCAAUAGGUAUUACAGCAAACAUACCGCAACACUGCGUAAUUCACGGUCAAGAUGGAACGAACUAUUGAAGCUGAAAUUGCCUCGUAAUCCAACCUCAGAAUGGGUACGAGUAAUUGUGUAUGAUGCUUUAGUAGGCGGAAUUGGUGAUUCGUGUUACUCCUCCUCUUUACAGAAAUCUAGACCUCAGGCUUUAUCUGCUUUAUCGAUACCCAAUAUUGUGCAUUCAAAUUCGAAUUCGAGUUUGAAUACUGGUACAACUGCUAGUGUAGUUUCUGGUGCCACUGAAAGCACUAAUAUAAACACUAUUUCAUAUCCUGUGCCACCUAAUACAUUUUCUACUACUACUACCAUUAUCGCCACUACAUCCACCACUAAUGGUACCAUUACCCCUGCUAGGAAGCAUCCUAUUAGAAGAUUCAGCCAUAACCAUAGUAGACCCAAAUAUCCAUAUUUGGGUAACAAGUCUAAUAAAAGUUCCUCCACUUUAGCUGUACCUAUAUCCCCUAUAGUGACAUCCAUAGCUACAACAGAUGAUUCGGUAGAUCCAACUUCUAAUAUUGAUAGACUCUCUCCGAACGUAUAUUCCUCGCCUCCUUCCACUCCAAUUAAUAUUCAAUCUCCAACAAAUGCAUAUUCAACUUCCAAUUUAUCCUUAAAUACACUCACAGUAGCUCAUCCUACUCAAUCUACUGGAACGACUCUCAAAUCUAGAAGAUCUAACUCAACAUCCGUAUUAACUAUUCAAAAUAACCAUAAUUAUUAUAAUAAUUAUAAUAAUAAUACUCCAUUGCAUCCUCUCAAUGAUUCUUCUUCAACUCCUCAAACAAUUGUUAUUAAUGAUGGAUUGCUCUCUCAAUCACAGAUAAAUUUAAAGAGAAAGCCUUCUCAAUCUACAAGGAAAAAACCAACAAGAUACUUGUAUAUAGGUGAAACUAAAGUCUCUCUAUUAUCAUUAUUCAAAAAGGAUAAAUCAAAUUCAAACAAUUAUAAGUUCAAUGUAGAUCUGGCUUGGUACAAAUUAUACGAUAGAAAGAGAGAAAAAGAAUGUCAGGGGAUAAAUAGGAACCCAGGCUCUUUCGUCAUUGGUAAGAUUAAAAUGGGGUUUAAAUUGGAAUCUUCAACAAAAAAAUUACAGACUUUCGAUACCUAUAAUACUUGGAGAAAAAAACUGUUUCAACUACAAGCAAUGUCAACUCAGUCACAAAUAACUUCACCUAGAAAAAGUAUUUCUUCAAGUUCUCAUUUACUACCUUCUUCUUUACCACCUUCACAAUUACAUCAACUUCUCAAUAAACAGCAAUCGUCAAACACAAAUUCAUCUUCCACGACAGUGUCUCCAAAUCUGUCUCUUUCCACUUCUCCUGUUCCAACACCUAUAAUAAUCACAUCUCCAACAAAGGAAAGUUUAAAUACUAUUUCUGAUCCAAAAAAAAUUAAGACUAAAUCAACUUCGACAAAAAUUAAUCAACUUCCUUCUACAUAUACUGAAAAAAAUUGUCUUAAUUCAUAUUCUUCAUCUACUUCAAAUUCAUCUGCUUCAUCUUUACCAAUGAAAAGAAAUUCAUUUAGUGGUUAUAUAAACUCAGAUUUCAGUUCAUAUUCAAAUACCAAUUCAAAUACCAAUUCAAACGUAAAUUCAAAUACAAGCAUUUCUUAUCCUUCGUUGCAUAGACCAUCCACCACAAGAUAUAUUACAAAGGUUACGUCUCAGAAUUCAAAUUCGGAUUUAGAUUUAUUUUCAAUACAAGAUGUUGAUAUAGAAAAUAUCGUUGAUAAUUAUGAUGAUGAUGAUGAUGAUGACGAUGACGAUGGUUAUAUUGACGAUUAUAAUGAAGAAGAAGGGGAACAGAGUGAUGACGAAAACGAUGAUGAAGACGGUAUAUAUACUUCUUUGGAAAAAAGCACAACAAAUAUCGACCAACUAUUACAAGAUUACGAUGCUUUAUUAACAAAAGCCCAUAAAAAGCAGGCUCAUUUUGAUUUAACCACUUUACUUCCAGCAUUAGAUGAAUAUGAUGUUGUGGAACCUGAUGAUAUGAUUGAUUUAGAAGAUGAAGAUCUUGAUAAUGCAAUUCAUAAAUUGUCAAAAAAAAAUAAUAAUAAUCAGAUGCUUGUUUCCCACGAACUUGAAGAUGAUGAAAAUGAGGAGCAAAAUGAAAUAGAGCAUGAAUUUACCUCCUCAGAUCCUGAAACUGAUAGUGAGCAAGAAGAGGAACAAAAUACAGAUGAUAUUUUUAUCAAUAAAAGCGGUGGUAAAAAAAGAAUAAGAAGAUUAAAGAAAAAAUAUCCUUCUCAAACUUAUUAUGCAUCUAUUUUAUCUCAUCGUGCAAAAGCGAAUUAUAAAUUGGCUAAAAAGCAACAUGCAAUGGGUGUUGUAUUUGUUCACUUCCAGUCAAUUAAAGAUUUACCAUAUUUGAAAAAUAAAGUCUCGAGAACUUUAUAUGAAAUGGAUCCCUUCAUAAUUGCUACCUUUGCUAGGCGUGUAUUUAAAACUUCUUCAAGAAAACAUUCUUUAAAUCCUGUCUUUGAUGAAUAUGCAGCUUUCGAAGUGUUUUCUUAUGAAAGACAUUUUGGCUUUCAUUUCAAAGUAAUGGAUAAAGAUUCAUUUUCUUAUAAUGAUAAUAUUGCUCAAUGUGAAUUAUCUUGGAAUGAUAUUAUGAAAAAACAAAAUUCACAAAACGAUUGGAUUGAUUAUGAUAUCCCAUUAGAUUUAAUUAUUAACAAAGCUAACAAACAAUCCGAUAAAAACCCAACCUUAUCACUGAAGAUAAAAUAUGUUUCUUAUGCGUCAUUACAAGAUUUCUUUUGGCAAAAUUUAGUUCAAAUUAGUACAAAUAUUGAAAAUUUUGAUAUUAUUCAACUAAUGCUAUUUCUGGAUAACCUUGGUGUAUUUACUAUUAAGGAUGCGUGUGAUAUUUUCAAUCGUUUAGACAAAUCGCCAUGGAGCAAUCAAUCAUGCAUUUCAAAAUAUCAAUUAGUUGAAAUUUUAAAAUCUUGGAAAAAUGUAGAAGGGUUUAGGCAUAUUUGGAAAUGCCCAAGAUGUCAUGAAUCAUGUAAACCAACAAGAAAUAUUCAAAAUUCAAAAUUAUUAUUAGAAAAUGAUUUAAUUACUCAUUUUGUUAUAUGUGUUUAUUCUCAAAAAUAUAAAUUUUUAAAACCUUCUUAUGUAUCCACAGAUUUCGCUUCAAAAAGAUGGUUUACUAAAGUUUUGAUUAAAUUAACAUACGGUAAAUAUGCUCUAGGUUCAAAUAAUGCUAAUAUUUUAGUUCAAGAUAGAGAUUCAGGUAUUAUUUUGGAAGAAAAAAUUAGUGCUCAUGUUAAAUUGGGAAUUAGAAUCCUGUACAAUGGUAAGGGUACAGAAUCCAAAAAUUUCAAGGCAUUGUUAAGAAAGUUAUCUAUUAGACAAGGAAGAAGAUUUGAUCAUGAACAAUCAGCAAGAGAAAUCCAAAAUUUUAUUAAAUUUCAUUCAUUAGACUUAUCAGAAUGUUUAACCACCGAAUAUAAAACAUUUAAUGAUUUCUUUUAUAGAAAACUAAAGCCAGGUAGCAGAAAUCCAGAAAGUGAUAACCCUAAAAUAUUCAUUUCCCCAGCAGAUUCUAGAGCUGUGGUAUUCGAAGAUAUCUCCAAAGCUAAAGAAAUUUGGAUUAAGGGUAGCAAAUUUACAGUAGAAAGAAUGACUGGCGGUUAUAAGCAUGACAUCUUUAAUGGAGAGAACUGUUGUCUUUCUAUUUUUCGUUUAGCUCCACAAGAUUAUCAUAGAUUUCACUCGCCUUGUAACGGUAAAGUUGGGAAACCGAUUUUUAUAUCAGGCGAAUAUUAUACUGUCAAUCCAAUGGCAAUCCGUAGUGGAUUAGAUGUUUUUGGUGAAAAUGUUCGUGUUGUUUUACCCAUUAAAACUGAAGAAUUUGGUACUAUUCUUUUAAUUGCCGUUGGUGCAAUGAUGGUGGGUUCUAUUAUUUUAACAUGUAAAGAAGGUGAAACAAUUACAAGAGGUGAAGAAGUUGGUUAUUUUAAAUUUGGUGGUUCGACAAUUAUUACAUUAAUCCAAAAAGACAAAAUUAUCAUGGACCAUGAUUUAGUUAAAAAUUCAAAUGAACAAAUUGAGACACUGGUUAAGGUAGGUAUGAGCAUUGGUCACACCCCAGAUAUCCCAGGUAUUAAAAGAAAAUCCAUUAAAUUAAUUCAACCUGACCAAAUUGAAAAAAUUAAAAGAAGAAUUAGUAUUACAGAUGAGAAGGCAAGUUUAUUAGGCAACGUUCCCUGGCAAUAUAAGUCAUUACAGCAUUGGAUUAAAGAAGAAAGUCGCUUAUGA